AUGGAGCACGAACGAGGGGCAGGCCAUACAGCCCCGUCUCCCGCCCCAGCACCAGCACCAGCACGAGCCCCGGCAUCCCAGUUGGAAGCCCCGCCGCGCCGCCGGCCCCCAUGUGCCGGCUGCGGGCAGGAGAUCGCACGGUCCCGGGAUGCGUACCGGAUCGAAGCGCUGGGGAAAGUAUACCAUAUCCGCUGCUUCAGGUGCACGGUGUGUGAGGGCGACUUUGACGAGUCGCGGCCGUUUGUGCCGCAUGAUGGACAGGCGUACUGUGAGGAGGAUUAUCAGAGAGUGUUGGAGACGAGGUGUGCUGGAUGCAAUAAGAGCAUCUCUGGGAAGCCUGUCUACGCACUCGGAAAGCCAUGGCAUCAGGAACACCUGAAAUGUUGCGCUUGCCGCAAACCCGUCCGAGGCAAAGUGUUCGAGAGCGAAGGCAGGAUAUACUGCGAAGAAGACUACCAAGCCCUCGUCGCCGAAACCUGCCGCGGCUGCGGCACGCCCGUGCAAGGCGAGACGAUCAACGCGCUCAACUCGACCUACCACAAGGAAUGUUUCGUGUGCACGACGUGCCGACAACCCUUCCAGGGCCGGCGCUUCUACGUGUUUGACAACGACCCCGUGUGUCUGCUGCAUUACCAUGAGCGUAAUAACUCCCUUUGUGGGGGGUGUCAAACUGGAAUCGAAGGCCCCUGCGCAGAUAUACCCGAACUGGGCAAACGCUUCCACCAAGAAUGCUGGUGCUGCGCCCUCUGCCAGGCCUCGCUCAUGGACAGCUACUACUCCUUUGAGGGCCGCGCUUACUGCGAGAAGGAUAUCGCCAAGGUCUACCGCGCGGAAACCCCGGGGCAGAGGGCUAAUAAGCGGCAGACGCUGCUUUUGAAUCUCUAG